CAUCGUUCUCUUACCGCUGCGUUGAUGUUUUUGACAGCAUGGGCACCUGAACACAACAGACAACGGCGAGAAAACGAGCAGGAAAAUGAAUCUCACAAGUUUGAAAAGUAUGCAACAGUUAAGGAAGCUUCUUUCAAGACAAACAUGUAGAGCACUGUCUCACCAGGGUCGACCAGGAUAUGAUGUCAUCGUUGUUGGAGCAGGGCAUGCUGGGACAGAAGCAGCAUGUGCUGCGGCAAGGAUGGGCGCUGACACGCUGCUUGUUACACACAAACUGGAAACUAUAGGAGCUAUGUCGUGUAACCCCUCAUUCGGUGGUAUCGGUAAAGGGCAUCUAAUGAGAGAGAUCGAUGCUUUAGACGGAGUCUGUGCCAGGAUAUGUGAUAAAUCUGGUGUGCAAUACAAAGUUCUUAACAAGCGAAAGGGACCAGCUGUGUGGGGCCCAAGAGCACAGAUAGACAGAGAACUGUACAAACAACAUAUACAAACUGAGAUCAACAACACCGACAAUCUAACUGUCCUAGCAGCUCCUGUAGAAGAUCUCAUACUCACCAAUACAGGAAGUGAUGUCACAAAACAGCGAUGUCAAGGAGUUGUUCUAGACAAUGGUGACAGAAUCUACGGGAACACAGUUGUCAUGACAACAGGGACAUUUCUGCGAGGCUGCAUCAACAUCGGUAUGUCUGUGCAUCCUGCUGGAAGGCUGGGAGAUGAGCCGGCAGUUGGCCUCGCCAGAAGUCUGGAGGACGCCGGCUUUAAACUGGGAAGACUGAAAACAGGAACGCCCCCUAGACUGGAUGGUCGGAAUAUUGACUACAGUAAAACGACAGUCAUGUAUGGAGAUGACCCACCAACUCCCUUCUCUUUCCUGAAUGAUGAAGUAUGGAUACAGGCCAAAGAUCAGCUGAAAUGUCACAUGACUCGCACAACAGAAGCUGUUGAGAAGAUUGUCAUGGAGACAUUACAUCUCAACAAGCAUGUUCAGGAGGAGAUAACUGGACCAAGAUAUUGUCCCUCCAUUGAGUCCAAAGUGCUGAGAUUUAAAAGGAAACAGCACCAAGUAUGGCUAGAACCUGAAGGGUUCUCCAGCAGGGUGGUGUACCCCAAUGGCAUAUCCUGCACGAUGCCAGAGGAGCACCAAGUACGGCUUGUCCAAGCAAUCCCAGGACUGGAAAAAUGUGACAUAGUGCAACCAGGUUAUGGUGUAGAGUAUGAUUACAUUGACCCCCGUCAGCUGAAUCCCUCCCUCGAGACUCUUCUCAUCCAGAACCUAUUCCUGGCUGGCCAGAUCAACGGAACAACAGGAUACGAAGAGGCCGCAGCACAGGGCAUCAUGGCAGGAAUCAACGCUGCCCUGAAGGCUGAAGACAAGUCUGCCUUCACACUGGACCGGACUGAAGCAUACAUUGGCGUUCUGAUUGAUGACCUGACAACUCUUGGAACCAAUGAACCAUACCGAAUGUUCACAAGCCGAGCCGAGUUCCGCCUUGCACUCCGGCCAGAUAAUGCUGACACCAGGCUCACAAGCAAAGGUUACGAGGUUGGCUGUGUCAGAGAGGUCAGGUUCCGGAAGUCGGAAGCAUCACGUCAUGAGUUGGAGGAAGCUGUAGCAGUGCUGUCGUCCCUGACGAUGACCUUGGCACGUUGGUUCCAGCUCCUCAACCUGCCGUCCACAAACAACAGGAACACCAAAAAUGGUGUUGAUCUCCUGAGUCUGCCCUACAUCACAGUGGAGCAGCUGAUCCAGGUGUUCCCGGAGGUCCUUGGCUUCUUGCAUGAUGACACCAAGCUGAAAGAGAGGCUAAAGACAGAAGCUAUAUAUGUGAAUGAGCUGAAGGACCAGCUGGAGGAGAUGGAGGAGGUCAGGCAGGAUGAGGAACUCCUCCUGCCAGACGAUCUCGACUAUGAUAGUUUGUGCAUUUCAACAGACGCCAAGAGCAAACUCGCAGAAGCCCGGCCAGCUACUAUUGCCUCUGCUAGCAGAAUACCAGGAAUGACACCAGCAGCCAUCUUGAUUCUUCUGCGACAUGUUAAAAGAAGAACCCAAAUCAAGGUCAAGGACAGCAAGAUGGCUUCUCAACCUGCAACAGAAGAUCUUUCAUAAACAUCACUUUGGUGCCAGGAAGUCAACAAUUCUUUGUUUGACAAUAAAAGCAGAUUCCUGAGGUCAAACUAUGGUUGCAUGUUCAGGACUGGUUCCUACGUGGUAUCUAUUGAUAUCUGUGUCUCAAAUCCUCAUCUAUUCCCUACAUGAUUAACCUUGUACUUGAAUUCUGACUCUGAGCAGGGCCUACUUGCACAAAUCGAUCUUAGUGCUAAGAUGAUCGUAACUCCCAUACUUUAACAUAGGCUUACAAUAGUCGUAACGCUAAGAUCGCUUUGUGCAAGUGGGCCGAGGUCCCCAAUACUCUGUCAUGAGAGGCAACUAAGUUGGAUCAGAAACAACUGAUUGAAUCUCAUGGUACCUGUAUGUGUGUGUGUUUGUGUGAGUGGCUGCUUGCACUAGUCCAGACUAAUGCUAAAUCUAUAGUGCUAGCCCACUGAGAUACUGGCUCCAAGCUGAGCCGACUUUGUUUCAUCCCCUAAAUGCUGAGCACCAGGAAGGGUAACAGCAACUACAUAUACCAUCUUUUAGUGUGUUUUGGUAUGACACAGGCAGGUAUCGAACCACUGACCAGCUGCUCUCCGGGCUGAGACGCUCUAUCCACUAGGCCUCGGAGGCAAUCUGACUGCAGUGGAUGUGGCUCAUGAUAUCAAUCACUGGUUUGUCUGGCAUAGACUCUAUUUUGUACUGGGCUGAUCGGAUAUUGCUGAAAAUUGCUGUCUGCAGUGUAAAAUAACAAACAAGUAAAGAUGCUUAGCUAUACACCAUCCAGAGACUUCCAAACAUAAUUAUUAGUGCGUUUGUAUUAAGAAACUUUUCUUAUUGGGUGGAUAUGUUCUACCCAAUGGCUGUAUAAGUACCACGAAAACUAUUACUUUCAUGUUUUUGAUUGUUUUGAAAAAAACAUGUGAAUAUUUUUAGUGAUGUGUUUUAUUUUGUAAAUAAUUUUAGAACAAAAUACACUGUACAUUGUCA